AUGAAUUCGGUGUGGAAAUUUUCCGUUAUAUCCGGGACGGCAAUCACUUCUUAUUUUCUAGGAAGAUAUCAAACUAGUUUAGAAAAUGUUACAGAUUCUAAAAAAGAAUUUAACUUUCCAUUUGUACCUAAUAUUUUUGCUGCUUCUCCACUUAUUGAAGAGAAUCAAGUUAAAUCCCAUAUAAUUUCUUCUGGACAGGAUGGUGAAAUUAAUUCUACAAAAAAGGAAAAUGAAAGCAUUCCUGUAGCAGUGAGAGUAUCUCAGGUUAUGAAAUUCGGUUUUCCUAGUUUAGACAACGUUCGAUCCUUUGACGAUUUUGUACUUUCCUACGACAGAAGGAAUAGAGUUGCCAAUUGGGUAUUUGAACAUUUAACUAAAGAAACCGUUAAAUUUAACCCUGAUGUUGAUAGGUCAAAAUGUGAAUUUUUUGAAGAUAAUUCAAUUCAUCCAUAUUUUAGGUCGAAAAAUUCAGAUUACAAGAAUAGUGGUUUUGACAGAGGACACUUAGCAGCUGCUGGAAAUCAUAAAUGGAAUCAAAAGCAAUGUGAGCAAACAUUUGUACUAUCAAAUAUGGCACCACAAGUUGGUCAUGGUUUUAACAGAGACUAUUGGAAUAAAUUAGAAAAACAUGUUAGAAAAUUAACAAAAAAAUAUUCAAAUGUUUAUGUUUGCACAGGACCAUUAUAUUUGCCUAAAAAAGAAGCAGAUGGGAAAAAUUAUGUGAAAUAUCAAGUUAUUGGAGCCAAUACUGUUGCUGUUCCUACGCACUUUUUUAAAAUUGCCGUGAUGGAAACAUCAGAUUCAAACUUUGAAAUGGAAGCUUACGUACUGCCAAAUGAUAAAAUAGAUGAUAGUAUUCCACUCAAUAAUUUUCAGGUUCCACUGGAAAGCAUUGAAAGAGCAUCUGGAUUAUUAUUUUUUGAUAAAUUACCAAAGAAUAAAUUAAAAAAAAUAAAUGGUAAAAGUUCAGGUGGAUGGUUUUAG